GUUAUAUAUAUGAAAACCCAAAAUUCUAAACAUUUCCCCCCACUAUACAUCCCCCUUUUCCGUUCAAGACACCCUUUUUCAACAAUAAGAAGUUCAAAUUGUAAUAUCAGCGACAGGAUUCGGGAAGUCUUUCUCUGGUGAACCCUAAGAAGGCUUUGAAGCAGUAUCGUAAAAAUGUUGGGUGGGCCAGGACUUGAAUCUGUCGUUGAUCAAUACAUUUCAGUUAUCACGAAUGAUGGACGCAACAUAGUGGGAGUAUUGAAAGGGUUCGAUCAAGCUACAAAUAUUAUUCUUGAUGAAUCUCAUGAAAGAGUCUAUUCGACCAAGGAGGGUGUUCAGCAACUUGUGUUAGGUCUUUACAUCAUAAGGGGUGAUAACAUAAGUGUUAUUGGGGAACUAGAUGAAGAGCUUGAUGCAAGCUUGAAUUUAUCGGAACUGAGAGCUCACCCUCUGAAGCCUGUCAUUCACUGAUGGUUACAUUGUAUUACACUAUUAUGCAUGGUUAAAAUAUGAAUGUCGUAAGGUAAUCAGAUACUCGUUUCAGUGAGGAAUUAUUAUCGGGUUUAUAAAAAUACGGAUCUUAAACCAACUUGUAGCUGACGUUUUGGUACAUCUUUUUGGAAGGAAAAGAUAUCUGUUUGCUAGCAGCAUCCGUUUUGUGUGUGCAUGUUGAGUUGUUUACCAUCCAACUGGUUCUGGAUUUUGGCUGUGUGACCUCAUUACACAUUGUAAUACGUCUGCCAACACAAGUUCGGUUAGUAUCGUAGUCCAUGUCAAGAUUCGCGUCGGAUGGACUCUAUGAUGAUUGACAUGUAUCAUUCAACUU